CCUUGUAUUACUUAAAAUUAGAGAGAGAAUACACUCAAGUAAUUGGAAAUUUGUUACAUAGUUACAUAUUUUUACCCUACUGCUUGUACAUUGAAUAAACUUCCUUUUCAGUGCAUUCUGAGUACUCCAAUUCAUUAAAAUUAUUAUGUCCUUUCUGGAACAGGUCACCAUUUGAACUUCUGCCUUAAUAUCAUUCAUGGAGUCAUAGACACAGACACAUGAACAAGAAUUCUUUCUUCCUUCUCCAUGGCAACCCAUAAACGAGAAUUCUCAGUUGCCACCCACAAGCAAUACUUAUUAAACGACAACUACGAAUCCCAAGAAGAAGAAAUAUAUCAAUUAGAUAGCGAAGAAGAUUAUGAAGAAGAAGACGAAGAAGACAAGUCCCCACGGGAUUGUAAGAGCAUGCAUUACAUGUGCGGCGGUGGACGACGCAAAGGGUGGUCGCUGGGGCAGGUUUUGGACCCGAGGACCAAAUGGGUUCAGGAAUGGAACAGGGUAAACCUCCUGUUCAUCCUCACCGGCUUGUUUUUAGAUCCGCUCUCCUUCUACGCCCUCUCCAUAAGCGACCAGUGUAUGUGCCUGUACAUCGAUGGUUGGUUCGCCAUCACCAUCACCGCCCUCCGCUGCAUUACUGACGCCUUUCACGUCUGGAACGUGUGGCUUCAGCUCAAGAUGGACACGCGACUGUAUUCCUACACUGCUCCCAUGGCAGCCGCAAAAGAUGAAGUCGAAGGAGAAGGUGGUGGUGGUGGUGCGUCCCACACUGCUACUGCUGGAGGACGCAUGGCGGUCCGGUACUUGAAUGACUGGAAGGAAUUCUUCUUUGAUCUGUUCGUCAUCCUUCCCAUACCCCAGAUAGUGGUGUGGGUGAUAAUUCCAUCUAUGUUGAAGGAAGGAUCGGUAACAAAGGAGAUGACAGUCUUCCUCUUCACGUUUCUCUUUCCAAUACCUCCCAAAGAUAAACCACUCCGCUUACCGCCUCCGCCGCAUGCAGAACCUUUCCGGCUUCGUUUUGGGGACAACUGGUGGGGGCAUUUUCCUCAACCUCAUCGCAUACUUUGUCGUAUCUCAUCAGGAGCAUGUUGGUACAUGCUGGGGAUCCAAAGAUCUGCACAAUGCCUGAGAGAUCAAUGCAGACAGAUAGAAGGUUGUGACCUGAGGAUAUUGGCUGCUAAAGAGCCUAUUUAUUAUGGAACAACACAAGCAAUGAGGGAGAGAGCAAGGCUGGCAUGGGCAGGGAACAAUCAAGUCAGGAGUACAUGCAUAGAGUCUCCUCACAACUAUGGCUAUGGAGCAUAUGAGGGGGUUGUUCAGCUUGUCACUAAUGAAAGCCACCUUGAGAAGAUCCUCUUCCCCAUAUUCUGGGGCAUAAUGAAUCUUAGCACUUUUGGGAACUUGGUGAACACAACAGCAUGGUCGGAGGCACUUUUCAGUAUCAUUGUUCUUACUCUUGCGCUGAUUUUGCUCACUAUGUUGCUUGCAAAUAUCAAGGUGUUUCUGCAUGCAAUCACGUCAAAGAAACAAGGAAUGCAGUUGAAGAUGAGGAAGAUAGAGUGGUGGAUGAGAAAAAAAAACUUGCCUCAAGAGCUCCGGCAGCGAGUGCGGAACUACCAGCAGCAGAAGUGGGCGUCGACGCGCGGCGUUGACGAGUCUGAGAUGAUCAGGACCCUCCACGAAGGGCUUAGAAGGGACAUCAAGUACCAUCUCUGCUUUGAUUUAGUGAGACAGGUACCACUAUUCCAACACAUGGACGAUUUGGUCCUAGAGAAUAUAUGUGACCGGGUUAAGUCCCUCAUUUUCACCAAAGGAGAAACUAUAACUAAAGAAGGUGACCCAGUACAAAGGAUGCUCUUUGUAGUUAGGGGACAUCUCCAGAGCAGCCAAGUUCUCCGAAGUGGUGUGAAGAGUUACUGCACGCUAGGCCCUGGAAAUUUCUGUGGGGAUGAGCUCCUUUCAUGGUGCCUGAGAAGACCCUUCAUCGAGAGGCUGCCGCCUUCUUCAUCCACCCUGGUCACUCUUGAAACCACAGAGGCAUUUGGCCUAGAAGCGGGCGACGUUAAGUAUGUAACGCAACAUUUCCGGUACACAUUUGUCAAUGAAAAAGUGAAGAGAAGUGCAAGAUAUUAUUCACCUGGAGAGGACUUGGGCAGCAGUGGCAAUUCAGCUGGCCUGGAGGAGGUAUAAGCAUCGCGUGGAACUUACUUCACACGCAUUUAUUAGGCCCCAGGGAUCUCUGUCGCGAAGCAAUUCACUUGAUGAGGACAAGCUCAGGCUUUUCACAGCUGUGUUAAGUUCACCAAAGCCAAAUCAAUAUGCUUUUGAAUU